UCAUCCAAGAACUAAAAAUACAUUAAAUAAAAUUAUUUUUUCACUCAGCUUUCUUCCCUAACAUAUGAUAGGAAUGUUCCACCCAAAGUCAUUAACGAAGAAAACAACACAACACAUUCAAAUCCACAAUACUCUUUCAUCGACAAUGUUAAACCUCCUCCGUCGCAAAAACAUUCCCAUCACUUCCACUUUCUCUUCACUCUAUUUCUCUUCAAACUCCAUCAAAAACACAAACACAAACACCAUCCUCCAAAUCCUAACAAACCCCAAAAACAGCACCAACAUCACAAAAGCCACAUCCCUCACAAAACAACACCUUCAAAACUCAAACAACCCCACAAACACAUGUUUCUCUCUUUUCCACGCGCUCAAAUCCAACCCCACCGCCACGCCCCGCUCAUUCGAAGUUCUCAUACUCUCACUCUGCCAACUAUCUCUCAUCCAAGAAGCCCUUUGGGUUUUCAACUCCCUUACCCCUAAUUUACCUCCCUUACGCGCCUGCAACGCGCUUCUUCAUUCGUUAGUCAAGACGGACAAGUUUGAUCCCGUCUGGGAGGUCUAUAACAACAUGGUGUCCCGCGGGUUUUCACCAACUGUCAUCACGUAUGGGAUUCUAUUGAAAUGUUGCUGCAACCAGGGUGAUUUGAGCAAUGCCCGGAAGGUGUUUGAUGAAAUGGUUGAAAGAAGAGUUGAACCAAAUGUGGUGGUUUACACUAUUCUCAUUCGUGUUUUUUGUAAUGAGGGUGAAAUGGGAGAAGCGGAGAGGGUGUUUAAGUUGAUGAGAGAAACUGGGGUGGAUCCGAAUUUGUAUACUUAUGUUACUCUCAUUGAUGGGUAUUGCAAAAUGGGUAAUGUUAAACGUGUUUUUGAAUUGUAUAGUGAUAUGCUAUGGAAUGGUUUGCAUCCUGAUGUUGUGACGUUUGCGAAUUUAGUGGAUGUUUUGUGCAAGGCGGGUGAUUUGAAGGCGGCACGAAGCUGCUUUUUUUAUAUGGAUAAGUUUGGUGUUUUUCCUAAUUCACAUGUUUAUAAUUGUUUGAUUGGUGGUUAUUGUAAGGCAGGGGAUUUGGUUGGAGCGAUGCGAUUGCGAGAUGAAAUGAAACGGAAUGGAAUUUUUUGGGAUGUUUUUACGUGCAGUAUACUUGUUAAGGGUUUAUGUGACUCGGGUAAGUUUGAAGAAUCUAAGGAUUUGAUAGAGGAGAUGGGAAAAGCAGGGGUUUUUGCUAAUGCUGUGACUUACAAUGUGUUGAUUGAUGGAUACUGCAAAAAGGGGGAUAUGGAGAAAGCUAUUGAGGUUUGUUCACAAAUGACUGAGAGGAAGGUAGAACCCAAUGAGAUCACAUUUUCUACAUUGAUUGACAGGUUUUGCAAGAGUGGGAACAUAAAAGCUGCUAUGGCGUUGUAUACAGAAAUGGUUAUCAAAGGUCUUGUGCCUGAUGUGGUGACUUAUACCACUUUGAUUGAUGGACAUUGCAAGGAUGGGAACAACAAGGUAGCUUUCGAACUGCAUAAGGAGAUGCUGAACGCAGGACUAAUGCCAAAUGUGGUCACAAUUACUUCUUUGAUUAAUGGCCUUUUGAAUGAUGGAAGGACUUACGCUGCAAUCAGAUUUUUCUUGGAGAAAACUGGAGUUGGUUGCCCUGGACGUAAAGUGGAUCGUAGCGGAGUGUGUUCUCCGAAUGAUGUUAUGUAUGCUGUUUUAAUUAAAGGUUUAUGCAAAGAUGGGCAUAUUUUUAAAGCCACCAAGUUUUUCAAAGAAAUGAGAUGCAGUGGUUUCAAACCAGACAUGGUUCUUUAUGUUAUCAUGUUGGAGGCACAUUUUCGAUUCAAGCACAUGGUUGAUGCAAUGAUGUUGCAUGCAGACAUGUUGAAGAUGGGUGUUCUGAGAAAUACUUCCAUAUGUCGUGCGUUGUCUAUAGGAUAUAGAGAAUUGAGAUUUGAAACCAGCUCUAAUGUGUUAUGAGCAAUUAAUGGAAUAAGGCUUUCAGUGUAUAUUUCGAUUUCUUGCAGUGGAUGCAAGUUGGACCCCUUUAACAUCAAGGUAACUAAGGAGGCUGCUUGAGUUAUAAUAAAAUGACAAAUGAAUCUGAUCAAGUUGGUAAAAUCACGAAUGCUGCUGGUGCUUGAUAUAUCACUAUGAAUUUCUUAGUUCACCAGUGAGUUUUCACUCCAGUUAUUCCUUUGCAUGUGUCUUGCAUAUUUGGAAAUCAAGCAUUUAGUAGCACAUAAAAAAGCUAUUUUGAUCAUGCCCAAGAUUUUAUAUGUCCACAUUGCGAUUUCUGACAUAUUGAAGAAACUUGCAGUCCAACAAAACUGAUGGUCCACAUAUGCAGUUGCAGAGACAUAAAAAAAAACUUAGAUGAUUCAUUACUUGGGCCACAAUUGCACUCAUGGACAGUUUGUUUUAUAAAUCCAUGGUCAUGCACAUAGCAUCAGUACAAAACAAUCAUACAUAGCAUAUCAAUGAUUAAAGGGGAUGUGGUGUUCUACUUUUCAGCUUGAGACGUGGGAAAAUUAUACUGCCAUUGGAUUGUUGAGGCUAUCUUGUCAACAACUUGAAAAGCGAAGACACAAAAGAGCUGACAUAUGCAGACGAGUUAUUAUUGAGAACACCUCCACAGAAUCGCAGUCUUCUUUGAACUAAACCCAGACUUAAGUAAACUCAAAGUGAUCUCUCAUGUGAAUCCUUUAUGAUUGAUUUGUAUAAACAACAAGCUUAUUGGCUUUAUUUUUCUGUAAACAAUUUAUAAAUAAGUAUUGACUUUCAAUAUGCCCAGUUUUAAGACAUGUUAUUUAGAAGCUCCAAAAUAUGAACCUUUGUACAAUGAAUAGCCAAAGUGUCAUGGUUCAUGAAAAUGCAGACAUGAGUCAAAACAAUCAAUUAAUGAUUUGAAGAUUAACUCUCACCUUUCAUGUAUGUGAAAAUUUAAUUCCUUCCCAGAUCCCCAACAUCCUAAGAUAUCGCCUGUGUGUUUGUUCGGAACUACGACUAAGUUCACUUUCUUGUGUCCCAACGCAUUGAAUCUACAAAAUGUGGCAGGAGUCAAUGCUGGGUAAAAACCACACACUUGGGUUAGGUUCUACUAAUAACUCAAAUAUGGCUUUUGUGUUGUGUCCUAUAGCAUUUCGGGUGCCUCUCCUAGCUAUCAUUUUUCACAACGAAAUAGUUUCAUGAAAGUAAAGUAAAUUCAUGGCCCCUCUCAAAACCU